AUGUCCGAUCUUUCGCCAGCACACGGCAGCUCGUCAGAAGCAGAGCUCAAGGAGGCCAAAUUUGUGGGCACGCUGCAUGCUAUCGACGACUACCUUGCCGCGUGCACUCAGCUGACAGCCGCGCUCAAGGGCGGAUGGUUCAGCCUGGCACGGGCCAAAUACGCAGGGGCGCCGGGCGCCAGUCUAGGGCAGGCGGCGUAUCCAGGGGACAUGCGGGCUAGUGCAGUGGUCAGCGUGGUCGAGCCCUCAGAUCCAGACGACCUUUUUGACCGAUUCGAGCUGCAGCGGGCAGCAGACGGCCCCAGCGUCAGCAGCGACGCCGGGGCGGCACCAGAGACCAGCGGCGGCGGCCGCGACCGCGGCAGAGACGCGGCAGCUGACCGCAGCAACGCCAGCGAAGCGGCGGCGGCGGACGGGCAGGUGCCUGCAGCCGGCCCCUCCGCCACAGGCAGCGGCAGGGGCUCAAAAGCAGCCGCUGACCCCCUGCAAUGGUUCGGCGGCGGGCUGCCUCCUGCAGACCUGCGGCAGGCUCAGCGCGACUUCCAGGGCGCCCUGGCUGCGGCGGUCGCGGCGGCCAACCAGCUGCAGCGGCUACGGGGCCUCGCGGACGCUCUGCUGGACGGCGGGUCCACCGCGGGCAGCGCGGACGAGGCGGAAGGCGCGGCCGAGCAGCCGGCGGCGCGCGGUGGCGGUCGGGUGUUGCUUCGCGGGGCGCUGUUGCAGCCGUAA